AUGGAGGAGCUUCAGAGGCAAGCACUGAUCGAGGGCAAGCCCAGGAAGGUGAGGUUCAAGCUGGCCUCGUCGUACAGCGGCCGGGUGCUGAAGCACGUGUAUGAAGAUGGACAGGAACUGGAUAGUCCAGAGGAGCAGUACCCUCACAGCUUCAUGCACACCAAGAUGGAGAUGGGACAUCUGUGUGGCUUAGAAGACAUGCCGGACCAGAGUUUGUACCCUCCGACAGGCCUGAUUGCCCAGAGAAUAAACGUCUAUCGAGGAGUGACAGGAUGCAGUUCCUUGGCGUGUGGAGAUCUUCCAGAAGGGGAUAAUGAAGCACCAGUACUAGAUUUUGGAAAGAUUAUUAUCUACACCAGCAACCUGAAGAUUAUUCGAGCUCCUCACAGAAGGGGAGAAUCUGGAAGAAGUCCUCACCGCAGCCGGGACAGGAAAGAAAGUUCACCAGGACGGGAGCCCCGGAGCAAAGGGAGACAUAGAACAGCACGUUCCCAAGCAGAGGAACCAGAUGUGAUGACUGAACAAAAGCAGGAAGCAGGCUCCUGUGAACAGUGCGGAGGUUCGGGUUGUGCGCCGUGCUCCCUCUGUCACGGCAGCAAAUUGUCCAUGCUGGCCAACCGCUUCAAUGAGUCAAUCAGAGAGCUGCGCUGUCCAGCGUGCAACUCCCACGGCCUACAGCGCUGCCAGUCCUGCACACACUAA